AAGGGCCAAUUAGGAGUCGAUGGAGUCCAGUUCAGUAACACCAAGCAAAUACACGAGCCUGGAGGCGCUGGAUUUAUAAACCUAAUCCGCGUUUCACUGCAUGUUCUUUUUCUGUUCUCUCUUGCUCGACUGAUAAUAACCAGGAGGAUCUCUCAGGGCUUUUUGUGGUGAUGGCAUCGAAGCGGAUCUUGAAGGAGCUCAAGGAUCUCCAGAAGGAUCCUCCUACCUCUUGCAGCGCAGGCCCUGUUGCUGAAGACAUGUUCCAUUGGCAAGCAACAAUUAUGGGUCCUCCUGACAGUCCAUAUGCAGGUGGAGUUUUUCUGGUCACAAUACACUUUCCUCCAGACUAUCCAUUUAAGCCACCAAAGGUUGCAUUUAGGACCAAGGUCUUUCACCCGAACAUCAACAGCAACGGUAGCAUUUGCCUUGAUAUUUUGAAGGAGCAGUGGAGCCCUGCACUCACCAUUUCCAAGGUGCUGCUUUCAAUAUGUUCAUUGUUGACGGACCCAAAUCCUGAUGACCCAUUGGUGCCAGAGAUUGCUCACAUGUACAAGACCGACAGGAGCAAGUACGAGACAACUGCAAGAAGCUGGACCCAAAAGUAUGCUAUGGGUUAAUCUGCUGCUGCUGCUGCUGCUGCUGCUGCUAUGUGUGAUCGGAGGGCUUCCUUCUUUCCUUGCUUUGGUCUAUAAAUUACUAUGUAUGAAACGAAGAAAGUUUGAUGUGUCCUCUUCUCAAGUGUACCAAAAGGGAGAGGUUCGCGUUCUGUUCCCUCCUGGUAACACAUUUGUUGCUUUUAUUGGUUUUUAUGGAAAUUGUCUUAUAAAGUUUGCUCAA